CUCGUGAAGUCAUAUUGGUCAGGCCCAUAGAAUAUGAAGGGGUUGUGCUCUCUUAUUGUUGUUAACAUAUUUAUUGUUAUAAAAGUUCUCGGUGAACACGCUAAUAUCGAGGAAGCGGCAAGGAAUGGGAGUGUUGUGGAUGCACAGGAUAAUCUAUAUGACCAUAUGCAAAAUAAAGCAAUUGUGAAAAAAGACAAAUAUUUGGAACCUUCGUUUUCUAAAUGGAGUCGAUGGAGUUAUUGCCAUAGCGGAAAGAAAACCAGACGUCGACAUUGCGUGCGCCAAGAAGUAUGUGGGAGUGCACUGCGCAUAGAAAUUGUAAGUUGCAAGCGAACAAACGACUUGCGUCACGCGAUGAAGAUGACUCCAGGAGAAACAAGAAGAAAAUCUGUGCAAAUACAAAUGCAACCACGUCAGUUGAAUGGGGAUGAAAUACAGAAGAGGUUGAGAGGGUACUCGCCAUGGGGCCCUUGGAGUAAGUGUUCCAGAAAAUGUACUACAGUCAGACGAAGAGUAUGCCAGAGGCGCGUAUUUUGUGGUCGAAGAAUACUAAGACAAUCGGCUUAUUGCUACAUGGAAGGUGGUUACUGCCAGAAUUGGAUUCGUGGUAGGAUGCAGAAGCGAAAGGACCCAGAAUAUAGAUUUGUUGAAAAAAUGCAGAUGUCUGUACCAGCAAUCCAUCCCGAAGACACACGCGUAUCGCGUAAUGCCAUGCCCGUUUGCGGACAGAUUGGUCGGUUCCGUGGUACAUCGAGUGCAAGGUUGCGGGCGCGUAUGCAGGAUAUGAUGCGUAUCAUAGGCGGUAGACCAGCUCCUCCUGGCAAAUGGCCAUGGCAAAUUGCUGUGCUUAAUCGAUAUAAGGAAGCAUUCUGUGGCGGAACAUUGAUAUCACUUCGCUGGGUCGUGACGGCUGCACAUUGCGUGAGGAAACGGUUAUAUGUAAGACUGGGAGAAUAUGAUCUCAUGAUGAAAAACCGAGGUGAAGUGGAGAUGAGGGUUUUAGAAGCAGUUGUACAUCCUCUUUAUGACCCUGAUACAGUAGUCAACGACGUUGCCAUGUUAAGGUUACCAGCGCCAGCGAGGCCGGACUUGGGUCAUGGGAUAGCCUGUUUACCUCAUCCGCAACAGUAUUUACCCCCGCAUACUUCAUGUAUUAUAUUGGGCUGGGGAAAGAGACGGCCACAAGACUCACAUGGUACCCGAGUUCUACAUGAAGCACAGGUUGCUACAAUCCAACAAGGAGUAUGCCGUCGCUCCUAUUGGCAGUACGCGAUCACAGACAACAUGGUGUGUGCUGGCCGUGGUCGCAAAGAUUCCUGCGCGGGCGACUCGGGAGGACCUUUACUAUGCCGUGAUCGAAAUAUGCGCUAUUAUCUACAGGGGAUAACGAGUUUUGGAGAUGGCUGUGGAAAACGAGGCAAGUACGGCAUUUAUACGCGCACAUCUGGCUAUGUAUCUUGGAUGCGGAAUAUUAUGAACAACAAGUACUUUGAUUGAUGUACCUAACUAUAACUUAGUGAAAAUUGGUACGCGUAACAAAAUUGCUCGUUACCAUAGCUAGAAAACUUAUUUAAUUUUAUUUGUGUGGUUGUAAGUUAACAAUAAUAUAUUUCCGAUGUUGUUUUAACUACUAUUUUUAUA